AUGGACGCCGCAAAGAGUCAAUCUACGAAGGUGGAUUCUUGGUUCGUCCAAGAUCUGGAUGACAACACAGAGCCUUAUUUGAGGCGUAUUUCCACCGGAAAUAACACACUCUCGGAUCGUUUGCAGUUCAAUAUUGACGAUGGACAAAGGCUUACGGACCCUAUUAAGCCUGAUGAAGAUGAAGGCAAAUACCCUGAGGGCAUUACACUAGUGCUAAUCAUACUUGCACUGGCACUGGGUCUUUUUGAGUUCGCUCUCGAUGCCACCAUCGUUGCCACUGCUAUCCCCGUCAUUACCACCGAAUUCAAAGCCCUCGCAGAUGCCGGCUGGUAUGGCUCUGCAUAUUUGAUGACGAUUGCGAGUUUUCAAGUGCCAUGGGGCAAGCUGUACAAGUUCUUCAUUCCGAAGUGGAUCUUCCUGGCAGCGCUCAUCAUCUUCGCCGUUGGGAGUGUACUUUGUGCCAUUGCCCCCAACAGUGCCUUCCUAAUUGCCGGGCGUGCGGUUCAGGGCAUUGGGGCUGCUGGUUUAACUGGCGGCGUCUAUGUAAUCCUGGCGCUCGUCACGCCUCGCAGCAAGACGCCAAUCUAUCUAGGCGCAUUCGGUGCCAUCUUUACCGGUGCGAGUUCCCUUGGGCCUAUCAUCGGCGGCUUCCUCACAGAAAAGUUCUCAUGGAGGUGGUGCUUUUGGAUCAACAUACCCUUUUCCGUUCUCGCCGGAAUUAUUGUUCUGUUUUUCUUCAAGAUUCCAAAUACUGUCAAAACCGUUAGGGCACCAUGGAAGAGCAUUGUGCGUCAGAUGGACCUGAUGGGUGUCGUUCUUAUCACCGGUAUCAUCGCUCUAUUUGUCACCGCAAUGGAGUCCGGAGGCAUCAAACACGAGUGGGACUCUGGCUUCGUCGUCGGUACGCUAAUGGGAUCGAUCACUAUUGCCAUGCUCUUCGGGUUUGAGCAGUACUUUAUGAAAGAGGACGCUCUUUUGCAAGCAAGGUUCUUGACCAAUAUGAAGAUCGGCUUCCUUUGCGUUUUCGCAUUCAUGCUUAGCUCGGUUGCGUACUCAAUCCAGUAUAAUCUGCCUGUCUACUUCCAGGCAACCAAAGGGUUUACUCCCGCACAGAGUGGUGUCAACGUUCUUCCCCUGUUAAUUGGUGGAGCAUUCCUCACACUAUUAUCCAGUGUGGCGUACUCCAAAUAUCGGAAUGACCGGCUAUAUUGUGUUCUCUCUGGUGCUCUUACGGUUCUAGGCUCUACACUGAUCCUCACCCUUGGCCCGGACUCUACACCAGCUCAGUACCUACUAUACCAGCUCAUAGUAGCCUUUGGCUAUGGCUUAGGAACCCAAGUUCCAGUCCUAGCUGUCCAGGCUACGGUCGAUGUGCAAGACGUGCCCCAGGCCACAAGUAUUGUCCUCCUUUUCCAACUUCUCAGUGGUGCACUUGCGGUAUCAGCAACUCAGAACCUCUUCAACAACGUCAUGUUGCAGAAUGCUGUGCGAAACGUCCCCAGUCUCACCGUUGCCCAGAUCUUGGCCGCAGGAUCUACGGAUCUGAAAAAACUCUUCUCCGCGGACAUUGCUCCUCAAAUAAUUGCAGCGUACACAGAAGGUCUUCGAGCAUCAUGGGCUAUGGGCAUUGGAUUCGCUGGCGGUGCCUUGAUUUCUGGGGUAUUUGUUGGGGUUUGA